AUGGCGAAUGUAUCUCUGGCGUCGCCUCUCCGGGGCUUCUGUCCCCCACCUUUCUACGACCUCUCCAAAUUCGGGAAUGAAGGAUUUACUACCGGACGGCUUUGCGCCCCAAUUGGAGCAAAUCUUCAAUGCUGUUUACCAUGUCCAGCAACCGACUAUCUGUACCCUUCUAACUUCAAGACAUACUAUCAAGUCGCAGAAGCCCUAAACGUGGUGGAUCUGAUACUGCUUAUCUUUCUCAUGAUCUCCUUUCUCGUCCUUCCAGUCGAGAAGACGCGGCGACAUUAUCUCAGUUACUGCUUGAUAGUUGGGGGUAUCCUCAUGGCCCUCGCCUUCGUGAUACCCUUCGGCGCGAAACCGGAGCAGUGCUACGAUGAGAUCACACCCAACGACAUGUUCUCUGACCUAACGUGCGCUUUUUCGGGCGCCUUCCUCAUUUCUGGCGGCCUGUCCAUGUGUGUCUGGAUUUUCAUACGAGCGCUCUCGAUGCAUCUUCAAAUCUGUUGGGACGUGUUACCCGGUACUCGAUUCUUCUACUGGGCUCAAGGGCUCGGAUGGGGUGUUGUUGCGACUCUCUUCACGACCACAAUCACCAUUACGGGCGUCUCCUACAGAUUCGGCGACAUUUGCCACGUCAACUCUGCGCAAUCCAUGAAGGACUUCUGGGGCCCGCUCUUGGCAAUCGCGGGAGCUGCGACUCUAGUGCAGCUAGCCACCUUUGCAUACUGCAUCAAAGUCUACAUCAAGAACAUGUUCAGCGACGAGGGAACUGAAACACAAAGCAGUGCCGGACUCCCGUCCUAUACUACGAGCGUACGAACGCGAUCCGCCAGAGCGGUAUAUCGGCGUGUCCGCAAAGUGCUUUGGCUACAGUGGCGAGGUAUUACAAUUGUCGUCUUUAUCCUGGUCGAUGUCAUAUUCUUCUCGGUGGUCUUUAUCUACUUGAAUGCUGCAGAGUCACACGCCACCGAUGACCUAGAAGCCGUACGACCAUACCUCCUCUGUCUGGUGAGGAACCCACGGGAUUCAUCGCCCUGCCACAAGCUUGGCCAAGACUUGUUUGUUAACCAGUCUACGGUGAUUGCUGUGUUGAUGAUGCUUUCUCUGGCCGGCAUUCAAGUCUUUGUUCUUCUGGUCCGCUCCGCGAUGUUUUCUGGGUGGGUGGACCUCGUUCGGUCGCGAUUCAGCUCCCAACGCGAAUUCGUUUCGCUCGACGCAAAGCAGUACACCGACUCCAAAAACUUUGAACUGGGGAAGAUCACGAGUCCCAUACGAGGUCCCGGGAGUGCCAUGAGUCCCUCGCAGUCGGAUUACGAUCCCUGGCGCCGGUCGGUGACCAAUACACCGGACCACUUCAGCAAGGAAUACCAGCGCGAUUACCAGCGCGAAUACAACACCCCGAAUCUCAGUUUCUCGACGCCUCGCGCCCCAUCGCGAGUGGAGUUUGAUCCGCGUGCAACUCACGCACGAGGGGGCCUAAGAUUACACCCAAUCAACGAUGACGAGGACGAGAGUAGUAGAAAUAUGGGCGGCAUGAGUUAUAAAAUAUGA